AUGUGGAAUAACGCCGUUGCCAAUUUUGCCAAUUUCGACUGUAUGGGCGUGAGAAAGUUCCAUAACACCAGAAAGCAACAGCUGGACACAUUCUUUACAUACGAUAGCUACGCAGAAGUUGACCGCAAGAAACACAACAUCUCCUGUGGUAUCAUCCACUUGGUUACACAUCACCCAAAGUACAGAGAGCUGUUGUCAAUUGCGGGGAAGCCUGAGUUUGUCGUUGGUAUCCUCAGUCCAAACAGAUACGAAUGGAUGCUUGUGGAUUUGGCAACUAGAGACUUCUCGUUGACAAACACUGCGUUGUACCCUACACUGGGCCAACAGUCUUCUCAGUACAUCUUGUCGGUCACGGAGUCCCCAAUCAUCUUUCUGACAAAGGACCAGAUUCCAAAGAUUUUGGAGAUUAAACCAGAAUUGCCUCUGUUGAACAUAUUGGUUUCAUUGGAUGACUUUGACCACGACGAUCACGAUCUGUUCGUCAGAGCACAGUCUCUUGGUGUUUCACUUGUUGAUUUCCGUGCAGUGGAGAAGAUCGGUGAAAGACACCCAUUGCCAAAGGAUUUCAACCCACCAACAACUGACACCAUUUACACAAUCUCUUUCACAUCCGGUACCACUGGUAACCCAAAGGGAGUGUUGAUUCCUCAUGAAAUGGCUGCUUGUGGUAUCAUUUCAUGUACUAUGGGACUGGAGUCGCCAUUCGAACUUCCAAAGGGUGCAAAACGCCGUCAGUUUGGCGAAAACGUUGAUCAACAUGGCGUCCAAGUGACAGCCUUGUGCCACUUACCGUUGGCACAUAUCUACGAACGUGAAGUCUCAAACUAUGCCCUCAUGUCAGGUUUCAGAUUGGGAUUCCCAUCUUCAACAAACCCAGCAAUGUUCUUUGAUGAUUUAAAGUCGAUCAAACCACAUUAUUUGGCCUCUGUUCCAAGAGUGUAUAACAAGCUGGAUGCCUUGUUAAAGGCCAAAGUUAAGAGGGGAACACCACCACACGUGGUGCGCAAGACAUUUGGUUUGGAUCACUGUAGGUAUCUCGUUUCAGGGUCUGCACCUUUGGGGGUGGAAACUAUCAAGUAUUUGAAGCAGACUUUGGAUAUUGGGUUCUCCGUUUGUUACGGAAGUACAGAAACAUUUGCAGGAUUCUUCUUUGGUGAUGCAUUCGAAGAUGUUAUUACAAACUCAUGUGGUCAUCCAAGUGCAUCUGUUCAGAUUAGAUUGAGAGAUGUUCCAGAGAUGGGAUACCAUACAAAUGAGACUCCAAUGCGUGGUGAACUGAUGGUUAAAGGACCACAAGUGUUUUCAGAAUAUUUCAAAAACCCGAAAGCCACUGCCGACUCUUUUGAUAAGGAUGGCUGGUUCCAUACUGGUGACAUCGUCUCUAUGGACUCUGAAAGACGUGUUUAUAUCAUUGAUCGUGUCAAGAACUUCUUCAAGUUGCAGCAGGGUGAAUUCGUUACUCCCGAACGUAUUGAAAACAUUUAUUUGGCACACUCUCCUCUGUUGACACAGUUGUUUGUGCAUGGUGAUUCCCUACAGAACUUCCUUGUUGGAGUCGCAGGUAUCUCGUUAGAGUACGUCCAAGAGAUGUUUAAGCAGGACUUUGGCGUGGCGAUUUCACAGGACGAAGUGCUCGGGCUAUUACAAGAUCCUAAGUACAAAGCCAUGUUGAUUAAACAGUUGAACCACCACGUCUCAGGUGCUGAUUUACAAGGAUUCGAGAAGAUUCAUAACAUCCACGUUGAUUUAGAACCUCUGAGGUUGGAGGAUGAGGUGCUUACACCAACCAUGAAGAUCAAGAGAGAAAACGCAAAGAAGAAGUUUGCACCGAUAUUGGAGAAGUUGUACACCGAGGGUUCGUUGGUUGUUAAACAAAAGUUGUGA